AUGUCUUCGAGCUCAUCCACCUCAAGGAAUCAGCUACAAGUGACUCAUGUUCAGUCGCGACAAGGGGUAAAGCUUUGUGAGUGUGGCGUUCCAGCUAAAGAACGAACAUGUUGGAAGAUAACAAACCCUAGGAGGCGUUUAUGGAAUUGUCAAAACAGUAUGACUAGGUUGAAGAAAUGUAGCUUCUUUGAAUGGAAAGAUGAAGAACAGACAGAAGGGUACUACAAAAACCUGCUAUAUUCUCUGAAGCAGAAAGUGGAUGCUAAAAAGGAUCUGUCUGAGAUGAACAAUUUGAGGAGAAGGAUUGUUGAAGUGGAGUUUCUGCUGUCACAGGAGCAGUAG